AAGCCAUUCCUGUGCCCUGUGUGUGGGAAGGCAUUUGCACACUCGUCAACUCUUCAAGACCAUCAGAGAACACACACGGGCGAGAAGCCAUUCCUGUGCCCUGUGUGUGGGAAGACAUUUGCAAAGUCAUCACAUCUUCAGAGUCACCAAAAAACACAAACGGGCGAGAAGCCAUUCCUGUGCCCUGUGUGUGGGAAGACAUUUUCAUGGUCAUCACAUCUUCAGCGUCACCAGAGAACACACACGGGCGAGAACCCAUUCCUGUGCUCUGUGUGUGGGAAGACAUUUGCACAGUCAUCACAUCUUCAGAGUCACCAGAAAACACACACGGGCGAUAAGCCAUUCCUGUGCUCUGUGUGUGGGAAGGCAUUUUCACAGUCGUCAAAUCUUAACACUCACCAGAAAACACACACGGGCGAGAAGCCAUUCCUGUGCCCUGUAUGUGGGAAGAUAUUUGCACAGGCAUCAACUCUUCAAACUCAUCAGAGAACACACACGGGCGAGAAGCCAUUCCUUUGCUCUGUGUGUGGGAAGACAUUUGCACAGUCGUCAACUCUUCAAACUCAUCAGAGAACACACACGGGCGAGAAGCCAUUCCUGUGCCCUGUGUGUGGGAAUACAUUUACAAACUCAUCACAUCUUCAGAGUCACCAGAGAACACACACGGGCGAGAAGCCAUUCAAUUGCUCUGUGUGUGGUAAGUCCUUUUCACGGCCAUCACAUCUUCAGAGCCACCAGAGAACACACACGGGCGAGAAGCCGUUCCUGUGUUCUGUGUGUGGGAAGGCAUUUGCACAAUCGUCAACUCUUCAAACUCAUCAGAGAACGCACACGGGCGAGAAGCCAUUCGUGUGCCCUGUGUGUGGGAAGACAUUUUCAAAGUCAUCAAAUCUUCAUAGUCAUCAGAGAACACACACGGGCGAGAAGCCAUUCGUGUGCCCUGUGUGUGGGAAGACAUUUUCAAAGUCAUCAAAUCUUCAUAGUCAUCAGAGAACACACACGGGCGAGAAGCCAUUCCUGUGCCCUGUGUGUGGGAAGACAUUUGCAGACUCAUCAACUCUUCAUAGUCAUCAGAGAACACACACGGGCGAGAAGCCAUUCCUGUGCCCUGUGUGUGGGAAUACAUUUUCCAAGUCAACAAAUCUUCAUAGUCAUCAGAGAACACACACGGGCGAGAAGCCAUUCCUGUGCCCUGUGUGUGGGAAGACAUUUGCAGACUCAUCAACCAGGAACAGGCAUCAGACGCCCCACGCACACGGAGACAAGAAGCCAUUGAAUUGCUCUGUGUGUGGGAAGUCCUUUUCAUGGUCAUCAAGUCUUAAGAGACACCAGAGAACGCACACGGGUGAGAAGCCAUUCCUGUGCUCUGUGUGUGGGAAAACAUUUGCACACUCAUCACAUCUUCAAACUCAUCAGAGAACACACACGGGCGAGAAGCCAUUCCUGUGCCCUGUGUGUGGGAAGACAUUUGCAGACUCUUCAACUCUUCAAACUCAUCAGAGAACACACACAGGCGAGAAGCCAUUCCUGUGCCCUGUGUGUGGGAAGACAUUUGCACAGGCAUCAAAUCUUCAAACUCACCAGAGAACACACACGGGCGAGAAGCCAUUCCUGUGCCCUGUGUGUGGGAAGACAUUUGCAGACUCAUCAACUCUUCAAACUCAUCAGAGAACACACACAGACGAGAAGCCAUUCCUGUGCCCUGUGUGUGGGAAGGCAUUUGCACAAUCGUCAACUCUUCAAACUCAUCAGAGAACGCACACGGGCGAGAAGCCAUUCCUGUACCCUGUGUGUGGGAAGACAUUUGCGAAGUCAUCACACCUUCAGAGUCAUCAGAGAACACACACGGGUGAGAAGCCAUUCCUGUGCCCUGUGUGUGGGAAGGCAUUUGCACAGUCGUCAACUCUUCAAGACCAUCAGAGAACACACACGGGCGAUAAGCCAUUCCUGUGCCCUGCGUGUGGGAAGGCAUUUUCACAGUCGUCAACUCUUAACAGGCAUCAGAAGCCCCACGCACACGGAGGCAAGGAGCCAUUCAAUUGCUCUGUGUGUGGGAAGUCCUUUUCACGGUCAUCACAUCUUAAGAGACACCAGAGAACACACACGGGCGAGAAGCCAUUCCUGUGCCCUGUGUGUGGGAAGACAUUUGCACGGUCAUCACAUCUUCAGAGACACCAGAGAACACACACGGGCGAGAAGCCGUUCCUGUGCCCUGUGUGUGGGAAGACAUUUGCACGGUCAUCACAUCUUCAGAGUCACCAGAGAACACACACGGGCGAGAAGCCGUUUCUGUGCUCUGUGUGUGGGAAGACAUUUGCACACUCAUCAACCAGGAACAGGCAUCAGAAGAGACGCUCUCCACAGCCCCACGCACACGGGGGCAAGGAACAAUUCAAUUGCUCUGUGUGUGGGAAGGCAUUUUCAUGGUCAUCAAGUCUUAAGAGACACCAGAGAACACACACGGAUGAGCAGCCAUUCCUGUGCUCUGUGUGUGGGAAAACAUUUGCACACUCAUCACAUCUUCAGAGUCAUCAGAGAACACACACGGGCGAGAAGCCAUUCCUGUGCCCUGUGUGUGGGAAGACAUUUGCACAGGCAUCACAUCUUCAGAGUCAUCAGAGAACACACACGGGCGAGAAGCCAUUCCUGUGCCCUGUGUGCGGGAAGACAUUUGCACAAUCGACAACUCUUCAAACUCAUCAGAGAACGCACACGGGCGAGAAGCCAUUCCUGUGCCCUGUGUGUGGGAAGGCAUUUGCACGGUCAUCAACUCUUCAAACUCAUCAGAGAAUGCACACGGGCGAGAAGCCAUUCCUGUGCCCUGUGUGUGGGAUGACAUUUGCAAAGUCAUCAAAUCUUCAUAGUCAUCAGAGAACACACACGGGCGAGAAGCCAUUCCUGUGCCCUGUGUGUGGGAAGACAUUUGCAAAGUCAUCAAAUCUUCAUAGUCAUCAGAGAACACACACGGGCGAGAAGCCAUUCCUGUGCCCUGUGUGUGGGAAGGCAUUUGCAGACUCAUCAACUCUUCAUAGUCAUCAGAGAACACACACGGGCGAGAAGCCAUUCCUGUGCCCUGUGUGUGGGAAGGCAUUUGCAGACUCAUCAACUCUUAAUAGUCAUCAGAGAACACACACGGGCGAGAAGCCAUUCCUGUGCCCUGUGUGUGGGAAGACAUUUGCAAAGUCAUCAAAUCUUCAUAGUCAUCAGAGAACACACACGGGCGAGAAGCCAUUCCUGUGCCCUGUGUGUGGGAAGGCAUUUGCAGACUCAUCAACUCUUCAUAGUCAUCAGAGAACACACACGGGCGAGAAGCCAUUCCUGUGCUCUGUGUGUGGGAAGAAAUUUUCAUGGCCAUCACAUCUUCAGAGACACCAGAGAACACACACGGGCGAGAAGCCGUUCAUGUGCCCUGUGUGUGGGAAGACAUUUGCACAUUCAUCACAUCUUCAGAGUCACCAGAGAACACACACGGGCGAGAAGCCGUUCCUGUGCCCUGUGUGUGGGAAGACAUUUGCACAGUCAUCACAUCUUCAGAGUCACCAGAGAACACACACGGGCGAGAAGCCGUUUCUGUGCUCUGUGUGUGGGAAGACAUUUGCACACUCAUCACAUCUUCAGAGUCACCAGAGAAUACACACCGGCGAGAAGCCAUUCCUGUGCCCUGUGUGUGGAAAGUCCUUUUCACGGUCAUCACAUCUUAAGAAACACCACAGAACACACACGGGCGAGAAGCCGUUCCUGUGCCCUGUGUGUGGGAAGACAUUUGCACGGUCAUCACAUCUUCAGAGUCACCAGAGAACACACACGGGCGGGAAGCCAUUCCUGUGCUCUGUGUGUGGGAAGGCAUUUGCACAGUCAUCAACUCUUCAAGACCAUCAGAAAACACACACGGGCGAGAAGCCGUUCCUGUGCUCUGUGUGUGGGAAGACAUUUUCAAAGUCAUCAAAUCUUCAUAGUCAUCAGAGAACACACACGGGCGAGAAGCCAUUCCUGUGCCCUGUGUGUGGGAAGACAUUUGCAGACUCAUCAACUCUUCAUAGUCAUCAGAGAACACACACGGGCGAGAAGCCAUUCCUGUGCCCUGUGUGUGGGAAGACAUUUUCCAAGUCAUCAAAUCUUCAUAGUCAUCAGAGAACACACACGGGCGAGAAGCCAUUCCUGUGCCCUGUGUGUGGGAAGACAUUUGCAGACUCAUCAACUCUUCAUAGUCAUCAGAGAACACACACGGGCGAGAAGCCAUUCCUGUGCCCUGUGUGUGGGAAGACAUUUUCCAAGUCAUCAAAUCUUCAUAGUCAUCAGAGAACACACACGGGCGAGAAGCCAUUCCUGUGCGCUGUGUGUGGGAAGACAUUUGCAGACUCAUCAACUCUUCAUAGUCAUCAGAGAACACACACGGGCGAGAAGCCUUUCCUGUGCCCUGUGUGUGGGAAGACAUUUGCAGACUCAUCAACUCUUCAUAGUCAUCAGAGAACACACACGGGCGAGAAGCCAUUCCUGUGCCCUGUGUGUGGGAAGACAUUUUCCAAGUCAUCAAAUCUUCAUAGUCAUCAGAGAACACACACGGGCGAGAAGCCAUUCCUGUGCGCUGUGUGUGGGAAGACAUUUGCAGACUCAUCAACUCUUCAUAGUCAUCAGAGAACACACACGGGCGAGAAGCCUUUCCUGUGCCCUGUGUGUGGGAAGACAUUUGCAAACUCAUCAACCAUGAACAGGCAUCAGAAGCCCCACGCACACGGAGGCAAGAAGCCAUUCAAUUGCUCUGUGUGUGGGAAGUCAUUUUCAUGGCCAUCAUAUCUUCAGAGACACCAGAGAACACACACGGGCGAGAAGCCAUUCCUAUGCCCUGUGUGUGGGAAGGCAUUUGCACUCUCAUCACAUCUUCAGAGUCAUCAGAGAACACACACGGGCGAGAAGUCGUUCCUGUGCUCUGUGUGUGGGAAGGCAUUUGCACAGUCAUCAAAUCUUCAAACUCAUCAGAAAACACACACGGGCGAGAAGCCAUUCCUGUGCCCUGUGUGUGGGAAGACAUUUGCAUGGUCAUCACAUCUUCAGAGUCAUCAGAGAACACAUACGGGCGAGAAGCCAUUCCUGUGCCAUGUGUGUGGGAAGGCAUUUGCAGACUCAUCAACUCUUCAAACUCAUCAGAGAACACACACGGGCGAGAAGCCAUUCCUGUGCCCUGUGUGUGGGAAGUCAUUUUCAUGGCCAUCAUAUCUUCAGAGACACCAGAGAACACACACGGGCGAGAAGCCAUUCCUAUGCCCUGUGUGUGGGAAGGCAUUUGCACUCUCAUCACAUCUUCAGAGUCAUCAGAGAACACACACGGGCGAGAAGUCGUUCCUGUGCUCUGUGUGUGGGAAGGCAUUUGCACAGUCAUCAAAUCUUCAAACUCAUCAGAAAACACACACGGGCGAGAAGCCAUUCCUGUGCCCUGUGUGUGGGAAGACAUUUGCAUGGUCAUCACAUCUUCAGAGUCAUCAGAGAACACAUACGGGCGAGAAGCCAUUCCUGUGCCAUGUGUGUGGGAAGGCAUUUGCAGACUCAUCAACUCUUCAAACUCAUUUGAGAACACACACGGGCGAGAAGCCAUUCCUGUGCCCUGUGUGUGGGAAGGCAUUUUCACAGUCAUCAUCCAUGAACAGGCAUCAGAAGACGCAUUCAAACAAGAAGCCAUUCAAUUGCUCUGUGUGUGGUAAGUCCUUUUCACGGCCAUCACAUCUUCAGAGCCACCAGAGAACACACACGGGUGAGAAGCCGUUCCUGUGUUCUGUGUGUGGGAUAGCAUUUUCACUUUCAGAAAACUGCCAACGCCAUCAGAAAACACACACGGGCGAGAAGCCAUUCCUGUGCCCUGUGUGUGGGAAGGCAUUUGCACAUUCAUCACAUCUUCAAAGUCAUCAGAGAACACACACGGGCGAGAAGCCAUUCCUGUGCCCUGUGUGUGGGAAGGCAUUUGCACACUCGUCAACUCUUCAAGAUCAUAAGAAAACGCACACGGGCGUGAAGCCAUUC